AUGUCUGAGGGUUUUGAAGAUCCAAUAUUUAAUUACUUAAACAUGUGUCUUAAUCCAAAUUCCAAUCUUGUUCAACGAACAAUUGACUUAAAUUAUGCAAAACAGAAGAGAACUACCUCAAUGAAAUGGUUCUUCGUGAAUGUUUUUUUCUUCCUUUUGUUCACCUAUGAUUUGACAUGUACGGGUCCUUGCCCUGCAUCCUUGGCCCGAUACACUGAAUUAAUAUUGGCAGGUAUUGCGUGUGCAAGUGCACUUCGACAUGCAAUCUGCCUCUUGCCACACAAAACACCGUCCCCCGCUCAGCUCUCAAGACAACAGCUGCGCCUACUAGGGCUCAACGAGACAGACCUAGAUUCGUCAUUGGUGUUGUCCGAGGCAAGCUCCUGCAGCGUGGGAGAGCGCAGCGACGAGCGCGUGGCGAGCGACGCCGAGUUGUCGCUGUCGCUGUCGCCGCGGCGCUGGCGCGAGCCCGCGCCCCCCUCGCCACCGCCCUCCCCUCCCUCAUCCCCGCACUCGCCCGCCUCCCCGCCUUCCCCACCGUCGCCGCCCUUCGCUCCUCCCCUCGACGUGCUCUCACGCGACCGUUUUAUAGCAGAUAAAUUUUCCCUCGCCGAUUACCUCAAGCAGUACUCGGCGCGGGAGAGCGUAGGCGCGGGUGCGGGAGGCGCAGGGGUGGGGGCGGGUGGCGAGCCGCGGCUCCCCGCCGCCUCCCACGCCCCCGCCUACCAGCUGGCGCCACUUGAUACCGAGACUGGCAAGCUUGAGGAAGGUUCACCGGAGGGAUCGCCUCAAAUUUACUGGCAGCUCGACAUCGACCCGCAAAAACUUACGCAGUGGAACUUUAAUUUAAGACUGUGGAUCCACAUCACGAUCCUCGAGCGUCUGGUGCGUGCGCUGGACGAAGUGGAUGCUGAGCUGGUGCGGCUGGGGCUGGGCGAGGCGCGGCCCGGGCUGGCCAGCGUGGAGCGCCUGCGCCAGAUGGCGGCCGCGCUGCCGCUGGGCUCGCUGGCUGCAUUACUGCCGUAUUUGGAGCCCUUCCCCGACCAACGCUACGUCGUGCGCCGUAUCCGAGAGCUGGCGAGAGCUCCCUGCCUCAGCAACUACCGCUGGGACGCUGGAGGCUCCGACUGGGAUCAUACCCAGCCCACGGAUGCCGAUAUUAUCCUACACCUCUUCGCUACGUACCUCGAUGGACAGAUGGUGCAGAGCGGCAACCCGCGGCCGUUCAGCUCGCAGUACCUGAGCGCGGGCGGGGCGGGCGGGGCCGUAGGCGCGCUGGCGCUGCACCGAGUGAGCUCGCGGCCGCCGCAGUUCGCGCUGGCGCUGGGCGGCGAGCUGGUGGGCGUGCCGCGCGGCCGCGCCAACCUGCUGCACGCGCUGCUGCUGCUGCUGGCCGCCGCCGCGCGCCGCCGCCCGCCCGCCCUCGCGCGCACGCACCUCGGCCCCGCCGCCCUCAACAUGCUCUGGAUCAUCGGCCGCUGA